GCGGUAAUGUGACGUCACCUGAAAGGGAGCACUUCCGGUCUCGUGCCGCCGUCCCAGGACCCUCAGGGAGAGCCGGCAGCCUUCCAGGCGGACAGAAAUGGACUCAGAACUCAAGGAAGAAAUUCCUGUGCAUGAGGAAUUCAUUUUGUGUGGUGGAGCCGAAACCCAGGUUCUAAAAUGUGGGCCCUGGACAGACCUCUUUAAUGAUCAAAGUGUCAAAAGGCCUAAGCUGCUUAUUUUCAUUAUUCCUGGUAACCCAGGUUUUUCUGCCUUUUAUGUGCCAUUUGCAAAGGCUUUAUACUCUUUGACAAACAGACGCUUUCCAGUUUGGACUAUCAGUCAUGCUGGGCAUGCGUUGGCUCCCAAAGACAGGAAGAUUCUUACAACAUCAGAGGAUUCAAACGCUCAAGAAAUUAAGGACAUUUAUGGACUAAAUGGACAAAUAGAGCACAAACUAGCUUUCCUGAGAACUCAUGUGCCAAAGGACUUGAAACUUGUGCUCAUUGGCCAUUCGAUAGGCAGCUAUUUCACACUUCAGAUGCUGAAGCGAGUCCCUGAGCUCCCGGUAAUUCGCGCCUUUCUGCUCUUUCCAACAAUUGAACGAAUGUCUGAGUCACCCAAUGGCAGAAUUGCCACUCCACUUUUGUGCUGGUUUCGAUAUGUUCUCUAUGUUACUGGCUACUUAUUAUUGAAACCGUGUCCUGAGAAAAUCAAGUCCUUGCUAAUCAGAAGGGGCCUUCAAGUAAUGAACCUAGAGAAUGAAUUUUCGCCAUUGAAUAUAUUAGAACCAUUCUGCCUUGCUAAUGCUGCCUACCUUGGGGGCCAAGAAAUGAUGGAGGUGGUGAAGAGAGAUGACGAAACCAUAAAGGAGCAUUUAUGUAAGCUUACAUUUUAUUAUGGUACUAUAGAUCCUUGGUGUCCAAAAGAGUACUAUGAAGACAUUAAGAAGGAUUUUCCAGAAGGAGACAUUCGACUCUGUAAGAAAAACAUACCUCAUGCUUUCAUCAUCCAUUUUAACCAGGAAAUGGCAGACAUGAUUGCUGACUCCCUAAAGGAUGACCUGUCCAAAAUGUAAAUUGGCCUGAGGAACAAGCCCCCACUGCCAGUACAUGGAGGCAGUCGGUGUACUAGACUUAGCAGGUAAAUGUUUAAUUUUGAAGACUGAUAUUAGAAAUGAAGAAAGUGAGAACCUUUGUCUUACAAACCAACUCUCAGCUCGCCAUGUUACAGGCUGAAGUAAACACAGUUGAUGGAUCAUUCCAUAGGUUUAACCAUACAUUUUCCAAGACUCGGGGAACACAGUGAUCUACACAGUCUCGUGUUUGCACAAGAUGCCCAGUGGCACCAUAUGGUUUAUUUUGGUAGGCAGGAUCUUUGCAGAUGAAAAAAAAAUCUACAUGUACUUGAUUUUAAUUGAGUUACAUUGUAGAAUAGGCUCUUCUGGAGGAAAUUAUGAAAUACCUACUAGAAAAUGUAAAAGAAAUCAGUGAAUGUUAAGAGUAUAGUCAGAUAUGUGAAGUGUAUGAGAUUAUAACAAGGAUACACUCAUGUCCCAGGAGCAGGAAGUGAACCUGAGUCUCCUGUAAGACAGAAGAUGAAGAUGAGCCCAGACUAACUUAGCACAGAUCUUGGCUGAGAUCAUCAGUGUGACGUCUAAUGUACCUGCACUAGACAGAGAAUAAAGUUCACCAGACAUUACUCUGGUCAGCUAACCAGAUAAAGAGUUGUUGAAGGACCCCAACUGUGCCUCCUGCCACAGGGCAACUAGCAAGUUCUAUGCUGAGCCUUAGUCCGCCAGGUUAUAAGCUCCCUGUAGGCUCCUCCUCUCCAGAGCCAGGUUGGAGAGGCACUGGGCUGUCCCGAAGCAGGCUUGGAUGUGCCAACGUGCAGUUGCUCCUUCUGUAAUUCUUGCACUAAAAAUCCAUUUAAGACCAUCAAUGAGCCAAAUAGUGUGCUAGCCAUUGAGGAUAGAGUUCUUAGCUACUUAAUGAUUCUUUUCUUCUGGAAAUCUUCUAUUGAAUAAUUUUUAAAAGCAUCUUUUAAACUGCUGAGUAAAACAUUACCAUACAUUCGUUCUCCAUUUCUGCAUUAACUUCAUUUGCUGGAAAGAAAUUAUUUUGUUAAUGAACCAAACCCAGCCAUUAAGCUAUGUGAAUUCACCUUCUCUAGACACAUUGAGGUCUGGCAGAGAAGACACAUGUUCCCUGGCCUAGAGUGGGCUGACAAUAUUGCUGCCUCCCCUAAAUUGACUCGAUCUUGAGAACCACAUACUGCGGUGACAGUUGAUGAUGCAUCAGAAAUAAUUCCUUUUUCUCCUAGAGGAAAUCCCUCAUGGCAUUAUCAUUCCCUAAGGACAAUGAGAUGUCCCUCCCCUCAAAUCCUAAAGCCCCCUGAUGAAAGAUUCAGCUCUGAUUUGCUGCCAACUUAUUGGUAAGUGCUGAAUGAGUUACUGUGCUUUGGCAUAGCUUCUACAUCACAGCAAGUGACUUCUCAGAGGGGAAAAGCCAAGCUCCAGACAAGGAGUGCUAUUAGCCCAAGGGGUAGAGCUAAUAGAUACAUAGGCCAUAAGCACAGGGCUGUACACAGAGCCUUUAUUGGCGUCUGCAUGAGAGGCCUAGAAAUCGGAUGUUAGAAGCUAGGAAUCAUGGCUCUGAGUGCCUUGCAUACAGGAGAUACUAAUACUAAAUCAAGGCAGGUAAACAAUACUGGGUAAAUCAUAACCUACCAGAAUAAAGAGUAACAUUCAGAGCUUUUCUUUUAGCUGUUAAUUUAAACAUUACUCCAUAUUUCAAAAGUCUGCAUGUAUGAAAUUGUGUCUUAUUUCUGAUUUUUAGAGCCUAAGAAAGAUACUGGUUCUUAAUUCCUAUUUAUCAUCUGAACACCAAAUGAAUUUUUGAAAUAAAUGUUUUACCAGCAUUUCUGACCUCGUCUGGCCUGAUGUCUGUGUUGGGGAAGCGCGUACAAUUUGAGCAGUUCUCCUGAGUUAGACUCGGCUCAAAGUGUCUCAUUUAAAGUGAAAAGCCACCUUUCUCAUUGCUUUUUUCAUAGGUGGAAGAAUCAGAUUUCAAGAGACUGAAGUUCAUUCUGUUUCAUUAGGGAUUAGACUAAAAUGGACAAACAGUGGAUGAAAUCCAUUUUCCAGAAGCAGCUCUGCCUGUAUUUCCCAGUCAACCACAUGGAUGGUCUUUGUGAAAGUUUUAACUUCCUGCAGUUACCUAGUGCUCAGCGAUUGAGCCUUGACCAUGCCCAUGUUUGUUCCUAGUCUGUUCUGAGCCAUAAGAAUCUCCACAAGCCCUCUGUGGCUUGUGCGGCCUGAUGUCCAUGGCCACCAAGGGCCUCUCACCAUACGCUUCUCCACUCAACCUUUGGAGAGACAGGGACCACCAAAGGCUUGAUCUUUCUUCAUCCUACAUUAUAUUCGAAACAAAAACAAGCUGGGUGCCAUAGCUCACAUCUGUGAUCCCAGCACUUUGGGAGGACGAGCUGGGAAGAUCGCUUGAGGCUAGGAGUUUGAGACCAGCCUGUGCAAAAAAUGAGACCUCUGUGUCUAGAAUAAUUUUUUAAAAAGAGCAAAAAAAAAAAAAAAAUUUCAGAUUGAAGGAGACUAAAGAGACAUGACAAUUGGACACAACAUCUGAUUCUGAAUUGGAUGUUUUUGUUAUAAAAGACAUUGUUGGGACAAUUUGCACAACUUGAAUGAGGUCUGAAGAUUAGCUGGGAGUAAGAUGCCACUGUUAAUUUUCUGAUUUAAGUGGUUGUACUGGGGAGAAGUAAGAGAGUGUCCUUGUUUGUACUGGAGACACACUGAGGUAUCUGGGGGUGAGGGGCAUCAUGUCUGUUUACUGUCACAUGGUUGAGGGGGAAAUAAUGUUCUUUGUACUUGCAGAUUUUUUGGAAGUUUGAGAUGUUUUAGAAUUUGUAAAAAUAAUUAUUUUUAAAACCCCA